AUGUCAGUAGAUCUCUCAUCUGACUGUGACUGUCCUAACUGUUUGGAGGGUACUCAGAGUGAGUCUGAUUCUAAUUCCUCUUCCAAGAAGAGAGAUAAUGGCUCUUUAUAUUCAAAAUCAAGGAAGCAAUCCAUGCCUUCUUUUAACAUGCAAUGCUCUCCCACUCAGUGUGGUUCAUCUGGACUGGAGAGUGAUAACAAAAAAGACUCAAGGUUUCUUCCAUCAGAGCAAGAAAACACUGAGGAGUUUUCUAAAAAAAAGUCUCUCAGUAUGAGCCCUGCGGAUAUCAGCACAAAAAUUGGACCACUGAAAGAGCUGACUAUCCAAGAAUUACUGAGGGAGUUUGGGGAUAGUGGGAAGUUGGAAUCAAACUCCACCUCUCUGGGCCACUUUAGAGAUCAGGUGGUUAUGAAGUUCAGAAGAGCUCUGUAUUAUUCUGGAAUCUGGGUGGCACAGGUCCGAGGUUACAAAUAUGAAAAGCACUUUUCAGCUAAUUAUUUCAAAAGAAAUCCUGAUAGCCUCCAUCGGCUGAUUCCCUGGCUGAAACGGGAACUAACAGCUGUUUAUGGAGAUUAUGGCUACACAGUGAAGAACAUUCUAGCCUCCAUCCUCCAUCACUUGAAAAAAUAUGAUUUGGACAGCGAGUCCUUCAUUCAUCUUCUGGAACCUUAUCUCCAACAACAUACCCACCACUUCCUGCAUGAGUUUAUCAGUUUUGUUCAGUCACCUUACAACAUGGAGACCUAUGACCAGCGAGCCAUCUAUCAUUGUCCUUCCAUAUCGACAGAAAAUUGGGUGAAAAAGAAACCCUUUAGUUCAGCUCCUAUUUUGCUCUUGACUGAGAAUCGUGCUCUAAUGAAAUCUCAGCCUGAUACAAAGCAACCUAAAAACACCCAGAAUCAAUUGAAUGAGGAGAGAUCUCAGUCUGAUUUGAAACAGUUUCCAAGUGGUAACUCUUCCUUGAAAAGUUUUAAAAUUCCACAAGUGCAUCAUGAAACAGCAAUCAAAAUCCCUGUUGGGACCAAAGACAAACCAGAGUCAGGCAAUCACAAAGGCAUAAUUUCUACUAAUAAUAUUCUGAAUUGGGCUACUCCCAAAGAAAGAGAUCUAGGCAUAGUGACUUGCCAAAAAAAGACGCAAGAGAAAAAGACAGGGAUAAAAUUAUUUCCUGGUUAUGUCCAGGAUCCAAAGAGUGAAACAACUGCAUGUACCGUCAGUACUCCAGCCAUUUCUAAUCAGGUGCAGUCAUGGAAAUACAACCUGAGAAAAGGAAGGGUUUUGAGCCUUGGACAACAGAAAAUAAUUCAUAAAAAGGAAGUAGAAAAAAAUAAAUACUCAGAUUCUUCACCAAAGAUUUUUCAGAGUUUGCCCAGAGAAAGAUCCUUGAUGAAUUGCAAACCCAGAAAGAGAGACCCCUCUUGGAGUGGCAUCUCAGAAAAUAACCUGUCUCCUAAAAGGGAUGGUAGAAAGCCAAGUUCAUUCAGAAAAAAGAAAGUAAGGCGCAAAAAAUCCUCUUCUUUUGUAGAAGUUGGUUCACACUCCAGUAGAAGACUCGAAAGACGUUCAAGGUCCAGUACUCACAGAUCCAAAUCCUGGUGUGUUGGACAUAGAAAGAGAUCUAUAAGCAGAGAAUCAAGUAUCUCUCUGGAAGGAAGUCACAGUAGUGAACCUGUCACCCGGAAUACGUGCUGUGCAUCCUCAAAAGAAAGAAAUAUACAUGGUAGCAAAUCACACUAUGAGAGAAUAUCUUUGACCCCAGUCCAAUAUGCAAAGCUUUCUUCAACUGCUGGGAAAAGACCCAAUUGUCCUUAUAAAGAUGAAGGUGCUUCCCCAACUAGAAGUCACUAUAACAGUUCCACAUGCCUAGACAUUGAGAAACAUAGAUCCCCAAGUAAACAGGAGAUGAAGUGCAAAACAACUUUUCCAAGAGAUAGAAGAACCAAAGCAGUUAGGCACAGAAAAAACAAGUGCCCGCAUAUAGAUAAACAGAUCCCAGAGAAAGUUGGUGAUGCACUGGGGGAUCUGGAUGAUAUAAAGCAAGUGAGCUGUGUCUCUGAAUGUGCACCUGCCUGCCGGAGGCAAAUCCCCCCAAACCAGAAGUCAAGUCUUCUGAAAGGUCUUGGAUGGUCAAGCUAA